GAUCAUCGUUGGGUCCUACUGCGAUAUAUACAUGAUAUGGUGUCCACGGCCCUCGCGUAAUUCUUUGCCCCUGUCAGCAAGCCUCAUCACCACUCAGGCCCUGAGAUCGCCUUGUCUGAGCCACACCAGAGAAAAAUACUUGUGGCAGAGAAAUGAAGAGACUGGCGAUGAUCUCUAUCGACUUGAGCAUUGUCUUGGAGCGAUUAAGAGCCCGACCUUCCAUGGCAUUGUUUCCGGUUGUACUAACGGCACGGAACAGUAAAAUGAUAACGCGCUAGACACAUUCUUGCUUGGUGCCGGACAUGCAUCCAUAUCCCUGGAGUUGCACUAAACUACUGCACCGUCGAUAGUGCUAAGCUAUUGGCAUUUUCUUCGUCUGGCCAAUGAGCUGUGCAAAGCCCAUCUACACGGACAGGCGAUGCGAGGAUGACGCCAGUAACUUAAAU